AGCCGCCCUCGGCCGCCGCAGCUUUUGGCCUGCGCCGCCGUGGCCCGGCUUGGCGGCCCCGUCGGGCCGGCGGCACGCGGCUGCGGCCCCGGGGAGAUGGCAGUUCCGACGGCCCUGCCGCAGAUCCAGAAGAGGAGGCUGCAGAUAACGAAGGACGUCGUGCCGCCAGGCUUGCGGAGCCUUGAUUACUGGCAGAUCAUGGAUUAUUGGAAGGUGUUCGACAAGAACGGGGACGGCAUGAUGGACAAGAACGAGUUUUUCUUCCUGGUGAACCGGAUGAACCCAGACCCAGUUGAGAGGUCC